CCGAGGCGUUUGCAGUGCAAGGAAUUACAUGCAGAAUGUUUAAACGCAUCAAUGCAAUGGCCGCGGCGUAGCGUCCAGGGACUGACAUAUAUCCCGGACAAGCUUAUAGUGGUAAUAUCAAAAUCCUCUUCUGAUUCCAUCCAGUUUAGAAAAGCUAUGAAGACGUGAAGUGAAACAUUUGAGAGAAUGGUUGGCGCUGUCCUGAGUUGGUGCCAAUGGGUUUUUCUAAUUUGUUACCUUGAAAGAGUGGUAUGGUGUUUAAAUCCUGAUGAUCCUAAUGUGUGCAGCCACUGGGAAAGUUAUGCUGUCACCGUUCAGGAAUCAUAUGCGCAUCCCUUUGACCAGGUCUACUAUACUAGAUGCACUGAUAUUCUCAAUUGGUUUAAAUGUACCAGACACAGAAUCAGCUACAAAACGGCUUACCGUCGAGGCCUAAGAACAAUGUACAGGCGAAGAUCUCAGUGUUGCCCUGGGUACUAUGAAAGUGAAGAUCUUUGUGUCCCAUUGUGCACAGAAGAAUGCAUGCAUGGCAGGUGUGUUUCCCCAGACACUUGUCAGUGUGAACCUGGCUGGGGAGGAACAGACUGCUCCAGUGGUUGUGAUAGUGAACACUGGGGACCACACUGCAGUAACCGGUGCCAGUGUCAGAACAGAGCCCUGUGUAAUCCCAUCACCGGGGCCUGUGUCUGUGCUGAUGGCUAUGAGGGAUGGCGCUGUGAAGAGCACUGUGACCAAGGGUCUUACGGCAAAGGAUGUCAAUAUAAGUGUCAGUGCCAAAAUGCAGCUACUUGUGAUCACGAGACUGGAGAAUGCCACUGUCCUCCUGGUUAUACUGGUGUCUUCUGUGAAGAACGCUGUCCUCCUGGCAGUCAUGGAGCCCAGUGUGAGUCACGGUGCCCAUGUCAGAACGGUGGGAAAUGUCACCACAUUACUGGAGAGUGCUCCUGUCCAGCUGGGUGGAUGGGGUCAGUAUGUGCACAACCAUGUCCUUUUGGAAAGUUCGGGAUCAACUGUACCCAAGAGUGUCCUUGCCAUAAUGGAGGGCAUUGUGACCAUGUGACAGGCAGGUGCCAUUGUACAGCUGGAUAUGCAGGUGACAGGUGUCAGGAGGAGUGCCCCAUCGGCAGUUAUGGCCUGCAGUGUGCUCAGACGUGUGAGUGCCUGAACACAGCUGAAUGUUACCACGUUAAUGGAGCAUGUCUUUGCAAACCAGGAUUUACUGGCGACCGCUGCCAAGACAGAAUGUGUCCAGAUGGACUGUAUGGACUGAAGUGCAAUAAACGGUGUCCUUGCAAUGGCAAACACACCCAGAGCUGCCAUCCAUUGUUUGGCGAGUGCUUGUGUAGAGCAGGUUGGACUGGACAGGACUGCAAUGAGACGUGUCCCCCUGGCUUUUACGGAGAGGCCUGCCAGCAAAUCUGCAAUUGUCAGAAUGGGGCGAACUGUGACAGCAUCACUGGCAAGUGUGUCUGUACUCCCGGGUAUAAAGGGGAAGACUGUUCCUUUUCAUGUCCUCCUGGGAAAUAUGGGCCCAACUGUUCAUCUACUUGUAAUUGCAAUCACGGCAGUGCCUGCUCUCCUGUUGAUGGUGCCUGUAUCUGUAAAGAAGGAUGGCAGGGAGUGGACUGCUCUAUCCCUUGUUCUAGUGGUACCUGGGGUCUUCACUGCCAGGACAACUGCCACUGUGCCAACGGAGCAGCUUGUAACCCAGAGGACGGCUCGUGUACAUGCACUGCAGGCUGGCGUGGCAAGAAUUGCAUCCAGCCAUGUCCAGAUGGGACUUACGGCUUGAACUGCAGUGAACAGUGUGAUUGCUGCCAUGCAGAUGGUUGCGAUCCAGUCACCGGAUUUUGCCGCUGUGUGUCAGGCUGGACUGGAAUUCGCUGUGAUAAUAUCUGUCUACAGGGACGUUGGGGUCCAAACUGUUCCAUUUCUUGUAACUGUGACAAUGGGGGCUCCUGCUCUCCCGAGGAUGGAACCUGUGUGUGUGCACCUGGAUAUCGUGGAGCCACCUGCCAGAGGAUCUGCUCUCCUGGAUUUUAUGGGCAUCACUGCAGCCAAGCUUGUCCCCAAUGUGUGCACAGUAAUGGACCCUGUCAUCAUGUCACUGGCCACUGUGAAUGCUUGCCGGGCUUCGCUGGUCCCCUCUGCGACCAAGUCUGUUCAAGUGGGACGUUUGGCAAGAGCUGUUCUGGCACUUGCUACUGCUCUAAUAAUGGCACUUGCAACCCUAUCGAUGGCUCCUGCCAGUGUUACCCAGGCUGGAUUGGACGAGAUUGCUCACAGACUUGCCAUUCAGGCUACUGGGGUCCCAACUGCAUCCACACAUGUAACUGCCAUAACGGAGCAGUGUGCAGUGUUUAUGACGGAGAGUGUCGAUGUACACAGGGCUGGACUGGCAUGUAUUGCACGCAGAGGUGUCCAAUGGGAUUUUUUGGAAAGGAUUGCAUCCAACUCUGCAGGUGUCAGAAUGGAGCAGACUGCGACCAUGUGACAGGGGAAUGCAAGUGUCGCACAGGAUUCUUCGGGAAACAUUGCGAGCAGAAGUGUCCUCCUGGUACAUUUGGCUACAGCUGUCAGCAGCUGUGUGAGUGUCUGAAUAAUGCCACUUGUGAUCAUGUGACUGGGACUUGCUAUUGUUCACCUGGUUUCAAAGGCAUUCGGUGUGACCAAGCUGCGCUGAUAAUGGAUGAACUGAACCCCUAUACGAGGAUCAGCCCGGCUCUAGCGUCGGACAGACACUCUGUUGGAGCUGUUACUGGGAUCAUUAUUCUUCUCCUGAUUAUAGUAAUGAUGCUGACUCUCUUCCUCUGGUACAAAUGGAAGCAGAAAGGGAAAGGGCACAACAUGCCCAGUGUUUCCUACACCCCCGCCAUGCGGAUUACCAAUACAGACUAUUCCCUGUCAGAUACAUCUCAGAGUUCCAGCACCCUUCACUGUUUCACCAACCCUAGUUACCACACUCUGUCCCAGUGUGGCCGCCUCACCCGUUUUAUCAGAAAUGCAGAUGAAGACUGUCACAUCAAGAAACAGACCAAAAAACAGCUUUUCUCAAGUCUCCAGAGUAUAGAGCUUUCUGGGCAAGAUAUCAACAACUCAUUGUGUCCCGAAUGGCGAUAUCUCAAUAACUUGAAUGGCUUAGAUUACGUGAAGAGUUCGGUCUGCAGCUCCAGCACAUGUUCCCUGAACAGCAGUGAGAAUCCAUACGCUACCAUCAAAGACCCACCAGCGCUGGCCUGCAAACACUCUGAAAGCAGCUAUGUGGAGAUGAAGUCCCCCGUCCGCAGGGACCCUCUCUACGCGGAGAGUGAGACCACCAAAAACAGAAACGUCUAUGAAGUUGAGCCAACUGUCAGUGUGGUGCAGGGUGGUCAGGCACCUCCCCCAAGCUGCAGUCAGAACCCCUAUGACCUCCCGAGGAACAGCCACAUCCCAAGUCACUACGACCUGUUGCCAGUGAGGCACAGCCCAGUACGUGUCUCUGGAGAUAAACACCAGCCAAUCAAAGAAUGACUAUGGUCAGCUCACCCAACUUCAGCAUCUUUUGCUUGCGACAAGAGGUGGCAGAGAAGACUAUCUUUUUGCCCUAACAUAUGCUGAAACUCAAAGAUGACUUGAAAAUAAACUGAUUAUGAACUUAACAUUGACACUGGCACUCAGCCAGCCUCCUGGGACUUCCCGCAUGAUUUCAAGGAAAGAUAUUUAAUUUAAUCAAAUGAAAAGGCUCAAGUCCAAACCAGAUAUUGACUAUUGUUUCUGAAAUAAAAGUUUGCUGUCACUGCCAAGUUCAGGGUUAAACUAACACCAAGGUGAGGUGAGGGAAACGAUUAAAACUGACAGCAAUAAACUGAGCAUCAGAAGUACAAAUUCAUUAUUGGUGGAAGUUCAGAACAAAAUCUGGCAAACGUUGCUCUAACUUUAAUUAAAUAUUUUAUUGCCAUAAUUCUGAUGACAUUGAACUAGUGCCACGGUUUAAUAGGAUUAGACAAGUGUGGCCACAGUGUAACUCACCAUUCUGGUUCUGUACUUCAAGAUGUGGUAGGGUCUUCCUUAAGGUAAUAACAUACUGAAGGAGAAACGAAGGUGAGCAGUUUCCACCUGUAUUUUUCAUGUUCAGAGUGCCAUGGGCUGGAUUUCAUUGUAAAUUAGUGGUCUGGAGAUGUUGAGGUUUGAAGAUUCAGGGGAGUUAAAUUUAAAUUUCAGACCAUUCAUGUUUGGAUGGCCCAUGAGGAUUAAUUUGCCUGCCAGGUUCGUCUGUGACCUGUCUUAUCCGCCUGCUUGAUAACUUAACUUGGAAUAGAUACUGUGCUGAAACGAACAUCACACAUAGAGGGAGUCCUGAGCAGGUGUGGCACACAUCUUAUCACACUAUUGAAGACAUGAAGAACAUAGGUUUGCCUCUGUCAUGAAUAAUUACUAGGGGAAUUACAGUGAAGGUUGCAACAUUCACUGACAAACCAUGUAUAGGAACAGUUAGAAGCUCCACAAUAAAGUGUGUUUCUAAUCACACCCUCCACAGCAAGAACAGGGGGAGUCUUCAAGAUCAAUGAGCGGUUUUGGCUACAGCCACCAUUCAGGUUCUUCUUUUAGAUGGUUUCAAUGCCUCCCUCAGGAGGCUGACCAGUCCCUUUGCCGAGGUUGUUUUGUGUGUGAGAGUGUGUGUGUGUGUGUGUGUGUGUACAUAUGUACGUACAAAACAAAGUACAAUUAAAUGGCAAGUGAGUGUAUGGUAAAGCAGCCAUAAAUGGCAUGGACUCAGUCCUUGUAGCUAUAGAAGAGGUUGAGAAAGUCGUGGUACCAGUACAACUGCUGCUGCACCAUCAACAUUCUUUGGGAGGAACUUUUCACAGAGCAAUAAAACGUGAUCACUUUAUAUUUUAAAAAUUACAGGUUGACACUGACGUUAAUACAUUAUUCAGGUUGAGUCAUGUUAACAUGGAGUAUGUUUGGGAUUCCCCAGCUGGAGGUCUAUAAAUAAUGAAAAAAGAAUGUUUCCAGUUAGAGAGGGAAAACAGAUUUCAUGCAGCCCGAUUGUACAGUUACAGUAACAAUUCAGGGUCCUUGAAACAGAGUCCUUAUCUAAAACAUUCAGAGUAUACAUGCAUGGUUUGUGAUUUUAUAAGUUAGUAAUUAUUUUGCUAUUGUCUGGCUUUGCAUAUCUGUAAUUGAACAGCAAACCAAUGCAGCAGGGUAGUCAAAUCAUUUCUCACUUCAAUAUUUCCAUUGUUCUCUGUUUGUUAUACUAUUUUUGGAUGAAGUUUAUUAAAACUAAAAUAUUCCCAUUAAAUGUUGGUCUGGGUUUGAUAGUACUAAAAUGUGACACUGUUGAUUUUUUUUACGUUACCUGCCAUGCAAAGUAUUCCUUCCCUUACUGUUACUUUAUAUGAAGUUGUAAAAGCUGGUUGGAUGAAAUGGGUUAAAUUUACUCCUAAGAAGGAAAAAGAGAUCUCUGAAAAAGUUACAAAACAGAGAAUUUGCUGUAACCAUGUCCAGAUGAGAUUCAAGGGAACAGCUAGCAGAAUGGGAAAUACAGAAAGAGCAGAAAGACUCCUGUGAGGAAAACUGGCAAAUAGAGUUUCGAAACUUUAGACUGAGCUUCACUGAUUCUUGUAACAGAGAGUUAUUCUGUUGUUACAAGAUGAUUACAUGUCACUCACUAACUUCAUUUAUCAGGAACUUCAGCUUUAAGUUUACAGUAUUUUUCCCCAUUGCAAUAAAAUGUUUAGGAGUUAAGUUGUUAAAACUUUACAUCAGACCCUAGUUUUGAAUAAAGCAGGAGUUCCCACUCUGGGGUCCAGAUACCUUGCUUAAUGCUAUUGGUUCAUGGCAUAAAAAACGGUUGGGAACCCCAAUUAUGGAGGGUAACUAAACAUUUUAAGCUUUCUCACCUUGAAAAAUGAUGGGGGAAUAAACUAGGAACAGAAAUCAAAUCAGUUGUUGCUGUCAGUUAAUCCCUUCAAAGUCCUGGUGAGGAUAAACCGAAAUGACAGGAUUACAUCAGUAUAAUCACGUCAAAUAAGGAGUUGUGCAAAUCAAGGAAUUGUCUACAAAAAGUACACAGAGGAGUAAUUGAUUACUUGAUGAAUAUUAUUUUCAAUAAAGGUUAGGAGAAAUUGUGCAGGAUUCGUGUAGAAAGGAGGUUGGUGUGCAGCAAUGGCCAUCGCCAAACGGUUACCACCUCCAGUUCAAUGUUUUGUAGUAGAUACAAUUUUGAAUUAGAAAAGGAGCAGUAAUCAUGGGGUUAAAGUAGUUGAUGUUUAAUGAAUAGCUGGCUACAAAGCCGAGUGUUGAACAAAAUUAAUUCCUAAGAACAAGGAAGAAGUAGGGUUUAGUUGUGUAAGAAAACAGUUGGGUGAAAGUUCCAUAUGAUGUUUCCGGGUUCUUCAGUUCACUGAUGUGCACCUCUGUGAGACUAACCCACAAAGAAAACCCCGACAGUCAGCCGGUAUUAGCAUGAUUGGCUGCCUAUUUGCCCAGGAACGGUGUACUUAUCAAUAUGAAGCCACAGCAAAACUACUUCAGAAAGAAAAGCAAAGGAAGACUUUCAUUUCAACUGCCGUUGGGGCCAUUCCAAAGUCUCUGCAUCUUCAUAUUCCACUUCGUUUGAAAGGUUUUGUUUGGGCAGAUCCUCACAGCAAUUUGGAGUUCGAAGAUUGGCAAUGUUCUUUUCCAUUUAAAAUUGAGGACCAACCAGCAACUUAUCAGUAGAUUAUACUUCCCAAUGUACAGAAGUGUGAAAGUCAUCUAUGAAUUUGAGCAGCUUUAAUAUAGCGCCCUUUAUGAUAGCUGCUCAGAUCUUAGCCUUUGGCUGAUGCUCACGUUAUUUUUCUUUAACCAAAACAAGGUAUAUAGAGGUGAGCGGUGCCAGCUCCAUGAACAGAACAGGUGGCACAAUAAUUCCAUUGUUUAAAGAACUACUUUGUCAAACAUUUGCUGUUGUCACAUUAAAAAUAAA